UGUGACGCAGAUUCCCCAUCGUGGGUUACAGCGCGUGAGAGGCGUGGAGUGUAGCCAUCUUUGUAUUGCACAAGUACCGGUUACGUAUAGUUGAUAAACACCAUCCUCAUCUUUGUGGACCUGUCUACUUAGUGUUCGUGGAUUGAAGUGUUGGACUAUUUCCAUCGCCAUAGUAACAGACGUGCUCUAGAUUACCACACAAGCUAUGAACAUGGACCCAGUACAAGUACCGAUCAACAUGCCCCCUCAAAUGGCGACUUCGGUCACGAAUGUGGUAGUGACCACACAACCACAGCCCGGAAACGGUCUAAUGGUGACCGACUUCACUGGACACAGACAUUGGAGCACCGGGCUAUUCGGAUGUUUUGACGAUAUUCCAUCAUGUCUCCUGACGUUUUUCUGUUUGCCAUGUAUGGAAUGUAAACAAGCCAGUCGUAUCGGAGAGUGCUGUUGUAUGCCAUAUUGUGUACCAGGUGGAUCUCUCGCAAUGCGAGCCAGAAUCAGAACUGCCGGAGGUAUACAGGGUUCCGUCACAAAUGACUGUAUGACCUUGGCCUGCUGCGGACCUUGUGCCGUGUGCCAAAUGGAUCGUGAACUCACCAAUAUGGGCGUUCUGUAAACGACGGAUGGUCGUACCUUUCAUUAUACAUGUACAUGGAAAUUUUGUGUUAAUUGGAAAUGACGACGACAAAGUUUAAUUAUCACACCAUGUUCAAACACAAACUGUUCCAGCACUGAUCGGCUGGAUAAAACUGUCACAACUUGCCAUACGAAACAGUUUUAAACAGUUGCUGCUGGGAUCAAUUUAGAACACAUCUUGGUUGGGAAAAUGUCUACUUUAGAAGAGCUAACCUCGAUUUAAACAUUUUCUUGCCUUUACAUCUGAGUGAUGGAUAAGUUUGUUCAUUAUAAGGUUAUUUUACGGAUAGAAAACCACAUAAAUGUGGAACAAUUAUGAUAUUUGAGGACCAAACUUAAAAUACUUCGUCCUUUCCUGACUUGUUGCAGCACAAUCGUGGUCAUUUAUGAGAUUUUAAAAAUCAUUGUUUAUCAAGAUCAUAGUCGCUAAGUUAGCGCGGAUAUGCUUAGUUUCAAUUUUUACUGAAACAAAAUUUUAUUUUUCGCUGUUUGCAUCAUCAUCUUGGUCAAACUAGACUUUAAACCUGUUAUUUGUCGUGUGACGAAAGAGGAAUGUGAUACAGACUUUUAUAAAAUGACAAUUGCAGUCUUUAUCAUGUGACGUAGAUGUAAAUAUAUGUCCAGUUGUCUAUUUUAUCAAAGGUUUUCAUAAUAAAAUUAUUCUAAUAUAA